GACCGCAAAACUUAAGCCACUAUCCUGAUGGAUCUUCGAACUUUCUUCGAUAUUUUUUAUCAUUUCGUAUUGUGAUUAUCGUAAAAUCGUUUCAAUCUAUCCCCUGAUCAACAACGAUCUCUGAGAUAUUUAUCUUCCGCUGCAGAAAUUGUUCGCCCCUCAAUUUAUGGUUAGUGAUUUGUAGGGUCUGCUAAUUUCAAGCUUUUCUAGUCAUGACGUCUUGGCUCAAAGCAGCAGAAGAUUUGUUGGAAGUAGUGGACAGGAAGGCAAAGCUUGCUGCUGGUGAGAAGGGAGAUGAGCAGCCUAGUUCUCAGGCAUCAGCUCCCAAUGGACAAGGAUCUCAACCAAAGAGAUCAAGGCCAAAAAAGAAGCCUCAAAAGCGAGUUUCCUCCCAUGAAACAUCUGAUACACUUGAUAAUGAAAGAAUACAAACUUACAAAGAAAUGCCAGAGUCAGAUAUGGAUAAAGAUAGAGAUAAUGCCAUUCUGCUUGUUGAAAAUAGUCAGACACUUCCAGACAGUGUUAGUGACAAAGCUACCAAUAAAGAGAACCAAGAUGUGGAUACAUAUGAUGCUUCAUUGGAUGCUCCUGUAUUUGAAACGAUCUCCAAUAAUGCUACGAGUAGUGUUUAUAACAUGGAAGCAGAAGCAGGUGGAAGUGAUGUAAAACAUAUACCCUUGAGAUCAAAUCAUAAUCAUACACGUGAAAAUAUAUUAGAAGUUCAUGAAGGCACUCUUCCACAAAAUGCUUCUAGUGUCGUCAAUGAUAAUACCUUAUACAAUGUUGGACCAGCUGAGCCAAGCCACUCCACUGUCCUUGAUGAUGCAGAAUCACCUGAGAACAAUGAGCAUGGAGGACAUCAAUCUGUAAGUGGAGAUUAUCUUGUUAAAGAUGAUAAACGGAUGGAGGAUAGUAGUACCUUGGCUGAAAAAGGGUCAGACCUAAACAAGCUUCCAGUUCAAAAAAGUAAUACCACUUCCAGUAAGGUGGAAGACCAACUCAACGAGGCUCAAGGCUUGCUUAAAAAUACAAGUUCUACUGGUCAGUCAAAGGAGGCACGUUUGGCUCGGGUAUGUGCUGGGCUUUCAUCACGCCUUCAGGAGUACAAAUCUGAAAAUGCUCAGUUAGAAGAGCUUCUUUUUGCCGAGAGGGAGUUGAGUAAAUCGUAUGAGGCUCGCCUGAAGCAGCUUCAGAAGGAUUUAUCUGCAGCAAAAAAUGAGGUGUCAAAAGUGGAGUCUAGUAUGACGGCGGCACUUUCUGCUAAGAAUUCUGAAAUUGAAGCCCUUGCUAGUUCUAUGGAUGCAUUAAAGAAGCAAGCUGCUUUAUCAGAGGGUAAUCUUGCAUCUUUGCAGGCAAAUAUGGAGGCUCUUAGGAGAAAUAGGGAAUUGACAGAGACUAGGAUGAUGCAAGCUAUAAGGGAGGAGUUGGCUGUUGCAGAACGAAGAGCUGAAGAGGAGCAUGCAGCACAUAAUGCUACUAAGAUGGCUGCUAUGGAAAGGGAAGUUGAACUUGAACACCGUGCUCUUGAGGCCUCCACUGCAUUGGCCAGGGCCCAGAGAACAGCAGAUGAAAAGAUGGCAAAGGCAGCAGAACUUGAGCAAAAAGUAGCACUGCUUGAGGUCGAGUGUGCCACCUUAAAUCAAGAACUGCAAGAUAUGGAAGCCCGUAUUCGUCGUGGACAGAAGAAACCUCUAGAAGAUGCCAACUUAUCAAUUCAGGUGCAGGCAUGGCAAGAAGAUGUGGAGCGUGCUCGCCAAGGUCAGAGAGAGGCAGAAAACAAGCUUGCUUUAAUGGAGACUGAAAUGCAAAAGCUGAGGGUUGAAAUGGCUGCCAUGAAAAGAGAUGCAGAGCAUUACUCACGUCAAGAACACUUGGAGCUAGAAAAACGGUAUCGUGAACUAACUGAUCUAUUGUACUACAAACAAACACAGCUUGAAGCAAUGGCCACUGAAAAAGCUGCAGCAGAAUUUCAAUUAGAGAAGGAAGCAAAGCGUCAUCAGGAGGCACAGUUAGAAGCUGAGCGCAGCAGAGUUUCUCGCCGAGCAUCAACUUCUUGGGAAGAAGAGAGUGACAUUAAAACACUUGAGCCUCUCCCAUUGCAUCAUCGACAUAUGGCUGCAGCUAGUGUACAGUUACAGAAGGCAGCAAAACUUUUAGACUCAGGGGCAGUUCGGGCUACACGAUUUCUCUGGCGAUAUCCUACAGCUCGAGUUAUCCUGCUUUUUUACCUGGUCUUUGUUCAUUUGUUCUUGAUGUACUUACUGCAUCGCCUCCAGGAACAAGCUGAUACACUAGCAAACAAUGAAGUCGCAAUGUCUAUGGGUCUUGUCAACCAAACCUUACCCUGAUAGCUCUCCUUGCCUACGAAGAGUACCAUUUGCAAUUUUCGCAUUUCUUCACAACCAACUAUAGGUGGUAAUAGAAAGACAUACAUGAAAGGGAAAGUUUGAUCUUUUCCUAAAAGAGUCACGCUUCUAUUGCUUCAUCGUCACUCCUUUGACGAUACACAUUACCCCAUCCGGAUUUGAUGAAUCAAAACGGACUCCCACAAUGCAACAUAUUCCUUAUGAAUUAUUCGUCUUCACAUUUUUGUUCGAUUGGCAAGAUUUUAAGAGGAUGCAUAUGAGGUGUUCAUUCAUACCUUGAGGUAACACCAUGUGGAUUAUAGUUGGCAUUGUAGUGAUGCCUGCCCCUAAUAACAAUUCUUUUCAGUUCUUGAAUAACUCCUAUAUUGCCUUUGUAAAAACUAUAGAAAUGUAUAUACCUUGUAAUUACCAAAAGAAGGGUUUGAUUUGUUUCCUUGUAAUUCUCUUGCUCAUAUAGUCACACUUUGUUUCUUUCAAAUUUCAGAUCGAGUUAUUCACGUUCGAGUUUUUAGCUAAAUUAGUGCAGUAUCGGGACUUAAACUCUAGGCUAUAUUGUUCAAGAG